CACCGUGUUGUGUUUGAUCCAGGGUGGAGGCUGAAGGCUGCACCAGGGAACAACUCGUGAGGAUGACAGAGGAGUUGGAGGACCACCUUGUGCCCCUCUCCUGCCCCGUCGUCUUCUGCCACAACGACUUGGUCAUGAGGAACAUCAUCUGGGACCAGGACUCUGCCUCAGCCACCUUCAUCGACUAUGAAUACGCUUCUCACAACUACCAACCUUAUGAUAUCGCUAACCAUUUUAAUGAAUAUUCUGGGGUCGAGGAGCAAGAUUACAGCCUGUUCCCGAGUCUUGCUGUACAGAGGGCGUGGCUAAAGAGCUACUUGGCGCAUUACCACGGGCUGCCAGAAGAUCAGGUCACGUCCCAGGAGGUGGAGAUGUGGUUAGGCUGGGUCACCAAGUUCACCCUGGCUUCUCAUCUCUUCUGGGUUAUGUGGGCUUUCCUCCAGGCUUGUCACUCCUCCAUAGACUUCGACUAUAUACAGUAUGGCAUCGUGCGGCUGGCAGAGUACAAGAAGAAGAAGCAGGAAGUGUUUGAAGUUGUCGUACAGCCCUACUGCCCUCCUUCCCCGCCAGCCACCAUCAACAACAACAACAUCCCAACAAACAUGUAAUAGGAAGAAGGUGCAGUACGUAGUGUGUUUGGCUAAGGUCACGUCUCUACAAGAUCGUCAAAAGUCAUCCUGAGUCCUCACAUACAACACUCCGACAAGGAUUAAGGUUCCUCCUAUCAACGCUGUCCCACAACACUGCUCCUCGAGUCCUCCUGGUCGUCCUCCAACAUACCGAAGAAAUGUGGCAUAACUACUAAACUAUGACGACGGUGGAAUUGCUUCUCAUAACCUGACAAACUGACAUAAAAAACCCACAGGUCCUAUGAGACGCUCUCUUUCCAGACAGAUAAUAGGUAAACACCCAAGUCCUUUACCCCAGAACCUUACGGGAGUUUGUGUGUCUUGAGAAUGUGUUAUGGAAAACCGACCAACAUCUCCCAACUUCAGCCUUACCCAAUCACAUGUUGCAGAAGUAAAAUCACAAAGUAGAAGCAUUAAAAAAAUAAAUCACGUUGUUGCAUAAGAAAAAAAUAAAUCACUUUGUUGCACAAGACAAAAAUCAAAUCAAACAACUUCCUCCUCCUAAAAGUACAUCUUGAAAUAAUUAAACUCACGAAAUAUAAUGUCAUACACCAAGACGACUAAUUAUCCCUGUACUGUUUUAGUAAUAUCAAGCUGUCCAUAUAUUAGGCUAUAUAUCUGUCUAUAUAUCUAAAUUAAUAAGCUUACAUAUAUAUUUGAUUGUAUAUAUGAGCUAAGAUAUAGAUAAUAAUAAAGUACUUGAUAUAUUAA